UCAGGCCGCGAUCUGCAGCACUACCAGAGUCAAGCAAAGCAGCUCUUCCGCAAGCUGAACGAGCAGUCCCCCACGAGGUGUACUCUGGAAGCAGGAGCCAUGGCUUUCCACUACAUCAUUGAGAAAGGAGUGUGUUACCUGGUCCUGUGUGAAGCUGCAUUCCCCAAGAAACUGGCCUUUGCAUACCUGGAAGACUUGCAUUCAGAGUUUGAUGAGCAGCAUGGCAAGAAGGUGCCAACGGUUUCCAGGCCCUAUUCCUUCAUUGAAUUUGACACCUACAUCCAGAAAACCAAGAAGCUCUACAUUGAUAGCCGGGCGAGGAGAAAUCUGGGCUCCAUCAACACAGAGCUGCAAGAUGUGCAGAGGAUUAUGGUGGCCAACAUCGAGGAAGUCUUACAGCGAGGAGAGGCACUUUCAGCCCUGGAUUCCAAGGCCAACAACCUGUCCAGUUUGUCCAAGAAGUACCGCCAGGACGCGAAGUACCUGAACAUGCGUUCCACUUACGCCAAGCUGGCGGCCGUAGCCGUGUUCUUUAUCAUGCUGAUCGUCUACGUGAGGUUCUGGUGGCUGUGAGGUGGCUGCAGUCGAGGAGGAGGGAAAGCCUGGCAGAUGUGUGUGUGCAGGAGGCUUUGUGCAGGACUCUCUUCAUGGGGGAUGUGCAUUAGAAUCCACGCAGGACUAGCACCUUUACAGGAGUGUCCUGAAGUUCUUGGGUGACACCUGACUACUACAUCUCUUAGUGAAGCCUAACAAUAGGUAUAAAGGCUUGUGGACUACAGGCUUUUCCUCUGAGGCAGUUCGCACUAGGGUACUGCAGAGUUUGGCCUCCCACAGUUUUGCCCCCUUCCCGAGGGCACGCUCUGGGAACAGUCAAUCAGUACAGUUUAGCAUAAUCACCUCGUACAUCCUCCUGUUGAGUAGCUCUAGUGGGAACUGGACUCUAAUGAACAUUCCUUGUGUUGGUAAUGUUUGCUUUUUUAGAAUCUGGGUCUGCGGUUCUUUUUUUUUUCCCAAAGUCAGGACUCCCCUGUUUGAAGGCAAAUGCUGCACUGUACAUAUAACAGCUUUCACCUCUGUCA